AUGCAUGAUUAUAAUAUAAUACCAAACAACGUGAGGAAUAGUCUGAAUAUUGCCAGACAUACUUUCAAUCCGGAUGAAUUGUUUGAGAAUUUACAUACGAUAUUGCACGAAGAAUCCGAUGAUAAUGAGGCGGAAGAGGUUGAGCAUUUCAAAUACGAACAACAAUUAGAUAAAUCUUUCCUUUCAAGAAGUUCUGUAAUAGGUUUAGGGUUUGGAUUGAUGAGUCCUGUUUUGGGUAUGUGUACAAGUAUGGCAAUCGGUUUGAAAAAUGGAGGACCCUUGACAAUUAUACCGGGUUUCAUUAUUAGUGGGAUUUGUAUCUGGUUUUGUUCCCUUUCUUUGGGAGAAAUUGUGUCUAAAUUUCCUAUGGAGAUUCAUGUUGGUAGUGCGAUGUUAGCUCCAGAGUCCAUUAAGUUGGCCGCAUCAUGGUAUACUGGAUGGCUGAUGUUAAUAGGGAAUUGGACAAUGAGUACAAGUAUUACAUUUGCUGGUGCUCAACUUACAAUUUCUUUAAUUUUAAUGACUAAUAAAGAUUUAAUAUCAGAGACACAUUUAAUAUGGUAUACUGUUAUCGUAUUCUAUUUAGUGGUUACAAUUGUAGGUGUUAUUAAUUUGAAAUUUGCAAGAUUCAUUGAAAUAAUAAAUAAGGUGUGUGUGAUUUGGAUCAUUUAUGCAAUCAUUUUUAUUGAUAUUUUACUAUUAAUUUUCCAUAGAGGAAAAUAUAGAUCUCUUAAGUAUGCGUUAUUCCAUUUUGAUAAUUCACUUUCUGGUUAUUCUAAUGCGUUUAUUUCAUUUUUGAUUGGUUUUCAACAAUCUAAUUUCACAUUACAAGGUUUCAGUAUGCUUCCCGCAUUGGCAGAUGAAGUUAAUGCACCAGAAAAGGAUAUUCCAAGGGCUAUGUCAACUUCAGUAUUAAUAUCUGCAUUUUCAGGAGUUAUUUUCUUGAUUCCAAUUAUGAUCAUCCUGCCUGAUGUUGAAAAUUUGUUUAAUGAGAACAAUUAUAAUAUCCUCCCCAUUGUUAAUAUAUUUGUAAAAUCUACUGAUUCUAUGAUUGUUUCAUUCUUCUUAGUUUUGAUGAUUUUAGGUAAUUUAUUUUUCUCGGGCAUUGGUUCUAUCACAACUUCUUCUCGUGCAGUAUACAGUUUUAGUCGUGAUCAUGCUAUUCCAAGACAUGAUUUAUGGACAUUUGUCAAACCAGAAUCUCAAUCAAAAGUUCCAGUAAAUUCAGUUCUGUUAAGUAUGGCAAUAUCAUAUAUUCUUGGAUUAUUAGCAUUAUUCUCAACAGCAGCAUUCAAUGCAUUCAUCGGUGCGGCGGUUUUGUGUCUUUGUUCGGGUACCUGCAUCCCAUUAAUUCUAGUUCUCUUCAGAAGAAGAAGAGUCCUAAAAAAUGCCCCAGUUAAGAUUAGAUACAAGUUGGGCUGGGGUAUCAACAUUAUAUCUAUCUUGUGGUUGUUAUUGUCAAUGUUUUCCGUGUGUAUGCCAAUCAGUGUCCCUGUAACGGUAAGAUCAAUGAAUUAUGCUAUUAUGGUUUAUAUUUUAUGUCUGAUUUGCAUCACCGGUCUUUACUUUAAAUGGGGUAAAUACAAUUUUAAUUUACCACUAGCAGAUGAAAUGAGAGGUACCGACAAUGUUGAAUUUUCAUAUAUUCCUGAAAAUAUAGAAGUCGAUUCAAGUAAAAAGGGUGAUGAUGAUAACGAAGAAAAUGAUGGUGAAACUGUAGACGGUACAACAUUGGAUAAUUCAAAAAUCGAUGUUCCGAUUAAUGAUGGUAAUCCUUUCAUUGAAACAGCAUCUAACGUAUUAAAUUGA